AUGGGGCUCGAUCCUGCUCUGCCUUUCAUGAGGAACCUGGACGAAGUCGCACACAUGGAUAUUCCGUCUGCCUGGGCGAAGGCUGGAGCCAGGUGGCGGCGGGCAGAGCUGAAGCCUGGAGAGACAAACAAAACAAACAAGAAGGAAAAAAGGGAACACCGGUUGGAUCCUCCCAAAAUUCUCCUGGUUGGCUGGUUUGAAAUAACCAGGUCUCCUUUCGUGCUUGGCCAGGAGACGGCAGAAUUCUUCGACAGAGGUGCUUGCCGCUACGCCUCGGAAUUACUCAGGUGGGGAAUGCAGCUCAAGGAAGACCAGCUGUGUAUUACGUGUGGAGGCAUUGGUGGAAUUUCUGGAAAUUUCAAAGAAAAAUAA